AUGCGCCCAGCGGAGGAUCCCAGGGAUCUGGCCGGCCACCAACCAACAAGAUCGCCAGCAAUGACGCCCUCACCCGGAACCCGCCGGGAAGACUCGAAGCUGUUCCGAAGCUUAGGCCUGGCCCAGGAUGUCAAGCCGCUCAACGUGCUCGCCUACCUCGCCUCCUCGUUUGUCUCGGUCUCCUCCCUGGUCUUCAUCAGCGCCUCGACGAGCUUCGUCUUGACCGCGGUCAUCCAUUUACCCGCCGACCGGAUCGGCCGAACCAAUGGCGCGCUCAUCUUGUUGGACGAGCUUGUCGCGCUUCCUGCAGUUCUCGUUUGGGGGCGAUUGGCUGAUAUUUAUGGUUAUCGCACAGUCACUGUGAUCGGACAUCUGGCCGUCGCAAUAUCUUUAUCAAUAUACAUCCAGUCACGAUUCGAAUACCAAUUGUUUCUAUGCCGCGUCAUUCUCUCGAUCGGGUUUGCGGCACUGACGACGAUGCUCAGCACGAUUCUGGCCUCGAUGACAGCCGCCCGUCUGCCGCCCCCGAUCCCUGCGGCUUGCGAGGAAUCUGCAAACAGCGCCGAUGAGCGGGGAAAUCUGAUAUCCAGGAUCAAGAAACGCUCGUUAAUCGUCAGUCAGCGUUCAUCCCGUCUGUCGGGAUUGAUAGGCUUCACCAGCGGCUUGGGCGCUUUGUUCGGAGUGUUUUUUCUCCUCCGAUUGCCCUCGUAUUUCGCCAGCUGGAGCCACUCUCCUGUCCGCGAAGCUCUCGAAUCGGGCGUCAGAGCGUCAUUCUAUGUUGCAUCCACCAUCGCCUUUCUCACUAGCAUCUUGAUGGUCUUCGGUCUCUGUCGACGAGGAGAAAAUGUGUGGCCGAUAAAGAUUCCUUCGUCGAACCCGUCAACUCAUUGGAAAACAUCUAUCCAAGCGCUCACCUUGGGGUUCAAAUUGAUUAAGCAACAUCGCCAUUUGAUCGUAGCUUACGCUGCUGGGUUUGCAGCACGGGCAACGACUAUUGGCGUCACCGGAUACAUCCCGGUGUUUGUAAAUCAAUACUACAUAUCAACAGGACAAUGCCAACUCGAUAGACCAGACGCGCCAGCUGACGAAGUGAAAAAAGGCUGUCAUGCUGCGUUUGCAUUGGCCAGUGCGCUCACAGGAACUGUUCAGCUGUCGGCCCUUCUACUUUCUCCCGUGGUGGGAUGGAUGGCAUCGGUCUACCCGCAGCCCAGAAUCCUGGCCGUCUCGAAUAUCCUGAGUGCCCUGGGCUUCCUCGCAUUCGGCCUGCUCCCACGGCCGAAUUAUUUCCUAGUCUGGCCGACCUGUAUCUUGCUCGGCCUGUCGCAGAUCACGGGGAUCGUGGUGUCUCUGAGCCUGUGUGCCAGCUGUCGAUGGCAGAUCUUCCAUUCCGAGUCCGCCAUCGCCCGCCAGUCCGAAUCCACCCCGCUCAUCCCGCAUCCUCUCCCAUCGGAUCGCCCACCACCGUUGCAGGACAUCAGUGGCGCCAUCGCCGGCGUGUACUCGUUGGCCGGCGGGCUCGGAAUCUUGCUCGGAUCUUUCGGCGGCAUCCUUUCGGACUGGUCCCCGCGGGCCCCCUUCUUCCUCACCGGGGGCAUCGCUUCUCUCGCCGGAUUGGUCUGCAUUCUUGCUGGCCAUCCGGUAGACAUUUGA